CGUCAAAAGUUGGAAGCGGCUCGCGUAAGUUGGAAAAAUUUGUUUCUCGGAAGGGAAUUCCUGAUCACAUGAGUAUUUAUGACAUACUUUUUGUCACUUUUCCCUCAAAGCUGCGGAUCCUGAACCCUUUUUUGGGCGAACUUUUGGACAAAAUCGCAGGCCUGGGAAGAGUUUUAGCAAAUUUUGGGAAAAACUCAAUCUCCCGGCUUUUGGGAAGUUUUAGGGUUUUCUCCAAAAUAAUAAAUUUUGGAGAAAAUCAGAGGAAAAUCUAAGGUUUUAGUUUCAUAAUACCAAAUUUCUGUCGUGGGUUUUGCCCGAAAUCGCUAACCUUCUAAAAGUCGCGCAAGUGGGAAGUUCCAGUCUCUGGGAAAGUGGGUGAAUUUAAUAGAAAUCCUACAUGUGAGUAGAUCCUGGGAUUUUCAGUUGACUUUUGACAAAGUGUGCUCAAACGUUCCAAUGGGGCUGUCUCGAAGUCGAUUAAUUUUGUCCCGGAAGCUUGCGGUAUAUAUUUAUAAGAAAGUGACGCGCUUAUGUUAGAAAAUUCAUAAUUUUUGCAGACUUGGUUUUGUAAUUUAUUUCAGUUGUCGGUUAUACAGGGUAUUGAGGUUGUAGUUAGACUUUCCACCAAAAUACACUAAAACCGUGAGUCCUCUUGAUUGUGUUAGGAAGUACGGAAUGUGAGCUUGUCUUUACAGUCAUGAAAGAAGGUAUCUAAAUACCGACAUGUAUUUUGAUUUAUUGGUACUAUAAAACAAUAUUAGGGGUCGCAUGUUGGAAUUUGAUGCAUCAUCACUUUGUCAUUUUCAAGUUUUGGGGCGAUUAAAACGGAUUUCCAGUCUACUUUAAAUAACCAAAAUUUAGUCAAGGUUUUCUGCCAAGGUCCUCUUAAAUUGAUACAGUGUGUAACAUGGCGUUAGUUCCUCCGUCUUUUUAUGUCUGUGGUCUGAUAUUAACCAACAAUACUCUGGAAAUGAAAUGACUCAUACUUUCCAUCAUUUAACUAACUAUAUUCUUAUUUUUUUGUUUUAGAAAUAUACCCACAGUAAACCAAUUAUCUUGCUGAUAUCUUUAAGUGGAGUUAAAGUUUGUCAUGAAAAUAAGGAGCGCGUUUAUAUGGCUCAUGCACUUCGACGAAUUUCGUAUGCUACCUGUGACCCAGAAAAUCUUCAGUUUGCCUUCCUUGCCAGGGAACCAAAAGCACAACCGAAUGUCCAAUAUUGUCAUGCAUUCGUCACUAUAACACCUGAAGCAGCCGAGGAACUGAAUACCAUAAUGGGAGAGGUUUUUCGCUUAGCGUAUGCCCAGCAACGUCUUCAUACAGUAUCUAACAAUCCUGUUUUGUUUCACCAGUUUGGUAAGCAUAUACCAGUUUGUCAGGUUCAGAAAGCUCCCAUAACUGUCACAUGUUCUGUUUCUGCUAACCAGGAUAACUCAGUGAGCACAAAAUCUUCAAGUCAAGCUGUCUACGCUGUCAACGUAAAUCCGACCAGUCAAAUAUCCAUGCCUAGCAAACUUCUUCCACCUUUACCAGAAGCUGAUCAUUGUGCAGCAAGUAACCAGACACCUGUUUCUGUCCAGUUUGAAGUGAACAAUAUUCCAUCAAGUGAAGCUUGUGCUGUCGGUAAUAGACAGAGAGGAAGUAAACCUCAUAAACAUAAACAUCACAAGCAUCAUCAUCGUCAUAAAUUACGAGAUGCAACAACAAGUACGUGUGAACAACUUUUAGGUUCGAGCGACUCUGUUGACCCUACUAUUAAAGUUAAUGAAUCGGAAGGACUCAUAAUGAAGAGUGAACAGAUAAAGCCACCUCCCCCACCACCGCGUUCUCAUUCAUCAGUAACUUCAUCUACGCAGCUGUCAACUAAGAAUAUCACAUCUACCCCAGCUGCAAAUCACCAAAGCCCAAUUUUAAAGCAUCAUGAGAAAUUACACGGAAUGGAAGUGAAUAAAACCCCACAUGAAAUGACUGAAGAUCCUAAUGAGGUUUUACCGUUAAGACCUAAAUCUACGACAUCUGUACUGGCACAACACUUCUAUGAUAUGGCUGAUCAUCGCAGCUGUGGUGGUAUCGCUCCUGACAAAGAAACUCCUAUUCCAGAAAAAGAUAUGCAAGAAAGUAACGCUGAAUUUAUCAAUGAUAGUGCUCCAGCCAAUACGUCUACAGCAACAACGACGUCAUCAUCAACUACUGGGUGCUCAACCGCUACAUCUGGCUCUGGUCAUCAUGACUCCAGUUCUGAUAAUAGUUUACCGAUUAGCAAACGUUGUACAUGCACUCCAGGUUGCACCAGUGGUGAACAUACGUGCUCAAUAUUUGAUAAUAAUCCGCAUCCUGGAGAUUCGAAUCAGUUGCUGAAACCCACUGAACAGCACCUUCCCGUUCCUCCCACAUCUCCGUGCUCCACUCCAAACGUCCCUACACAAAAUGUCCCAGAUGAUAUCAAUGAGUUGUGGCAUGCUCCUUGGUAUCUUCCAGAUUUACCACGUGAAAAGGCUUUGGAAAUGCUUGCCAAACAACCUCCUGGAAGUUUUGUUGUCCGAGAUAGCGGAAGUCAUCCAAAUAGCUUUGCGUUAUCAGUACGUUCUAGUAAUGGACAAGUAGCUGGUGGCUGUUUCCAUUCUAGACAACCACAUAUACCAGGAAAUCGAAUCAAAGAUACAGCCUCCCAGUUGACAUCAGUUUAUCCAUCUUCUACAAGUGGAAUAACUCACUUUCUUAUCCAGAAGACAUCUGGAGGUGGUGUGAAACUCAAAGGACUAGAUAAAGAAUGGCCAUCGCUUGCUUGUCUUGUUUUACACUUAACUGUAAUGCCUGAAAUGCUCCCUUGCCCACUUCGACUUCCAAGAGCUGCAGCAAAUCCCACCUUCUCGCCUACUGACCAUUGUGUUGGUCAUAAUGACUUUGAGAAACCGCCUAAUGUUACCCCGUCACAAUUUCGUCCAAUGUGCAAUGCCUUACAACGUGUAACAGAUACGAUUUCACUAGAUGAAGCUUUAGCUCGUCUAACAGAUGAAGACGAAGAUUAUCAACGUUUAUCUGAUUUCUCUUCCAUUAUGGCUGAUUUAAAAUUACAGCCUAGAAAUGUGAAUAGAAAACAUAAAGUUUCAUCUAAAUCCGGUGGCCGUGGUAGAUAAAUACUUUUUUUUGUUAUUGUUAUGAUGCGAAAUCUUAUUAUAAGUUGUAUUAGUACUAUCACUUUACUACCUAUCAAUGUUUUGUGAGAUAAUUGUCUUACUUCUUUUUUUUUCUUACCUUUGUAAAGUUUCUGUAUUUGUGUGUGUGCGUGUGUAUGUGAGAAAGAGUUUUUAUCGUAUAUAUUAUUUUCUCUAUUGCAAUACAAACUACCUCUUCAAAUGAAACUAAAUACCCAAUGUGUGUCUGGAAAAGGAAAACAACAUUUCUAGUCCAAUUUCUAUUAAAUUAGUUUAUUAUUUUUUCUCUCUCUUAAUUAUCCAUUUUGCUUGCUUUAAACGCAUAAUGAUAUGUAAUGCGUACGCUAAGUUAUAUUAUAAUAUACGUAUUACAUUUACAUUAUUUUAUUGUUAAUUAAGUAAUACUAGUUAGUAUUAAUUGAAUUAUAAUCAUGACUUGAUUUCAUUAUUCUUUUUUUGUUGUCCAUUGUUAUAGGUAUAUGAAUUUUUUUUUAAAUUCAAUAUUAUUGUCAUUAAUUUUGGUUCUAUUCACUUUUUAAUUGUUUAAUUAUAAUUUAUUAUGUAUAUUCUUUCUAUUUCUCUAAUAAUUUUCACCCAUUUUAAUAAGAAAAUCAUUAUUACUGGAAUAGCAUGAAUGAUAACAUGUUGUAAAGUCACUGUUAUGUGCUGCUGCCCAACCAGUUCGUUAGAGGUCUUAUUAUUAAUAAUAAUAAUAUUUUGGUAUAUUAAUUUCUGGUUUUUUUUUGACAAACCGGUAUAAUUCAUUCAUUCUCACUGAAAUGUACUAUUUAACAUUUCCUCCCUUUUUUUCUUCAUUUGCUUCAUCCUCUUAUUUUUACCUCUCUUUUUUUCUUAGAAAUAAGGGAAUUAACGCAAAAUACUACCUGGUGUAUUUAUUUGUUUAAGUAAAGUGUUAAAGCAUUUAACUGUUAUAUUUUCAUCAUUUGCAAUUUUAUAUAUAUAUAUAUAUAUAUAUAUAUAUAUAUAUAUAUGCGUACAUCAUGUCAAGGGUAUUCAUUUUAAUUGUCUUUUUACCAUUGAAAAUAAAGUGUACUUUUAUUGUAUUUAAAUUUUUGCUUUCUGUUUUCUCUUUUUCAAUAUAUAUUUAAGUAAGAUGAUUGGAUUC